UUCAAAAAAUAAAGAAAUCCUUUCUCCUAUAUUUUGACCUUCUUUCUUGAAACAGACUGUGAGCAGUGCAAGUGGCGAGUGACUUAGCUUUGUUUGGCGACAUGUCGUCUUGCAGCGCGGCGGUGGAGCGCCUAGAGCAUCUGCAGCAUGAUGGCCCAUUGCUAGAAGCGGCUAAGCUCACCGAAGCAGUUCGUGAUGGCACCGACUGCGGAGAUUUUAUCAACCUAGUUGCAUGGCUUGUGGCCAAAUUGAGGCUGUUCACUCCGGAAAUUGUUGAGAGCGUUACUGCGUGUUCCAGCAGUGCACCAGAUGCAGCUGCGUUCAAGGUGGAGGUUUCUGGCCUACUUCGUGAGCUUGAUUGUCCGCACGCAGUCCUGACCAGAGGUAGUGGUGCCAGCCUGGACAGUGAACCGAAUCGCUGGCUUCUCUUGGACUAUUUGCUUUCAGAAACACAGACCUCCAUCGUGCUGGCAGCAAAAAGCGACAGGCAAGAUGAUAUUGUGGAGAGAGUGCGCCACCUUCAAGUGAAAAAUCAAACCCCAGCUGAGAUUGUUGACGAUAGUUUGAAAACAAUUCUGAGCACGUUCAAGCUGAGCCACCCACCAUCUCAUGUCCCUUCAUCACAGAUCUUCCAGAAGCUGGAGGCAAAGGUGAAAGAAGGCAUCACUCACGUGCCAGGAGUGUUGGGGAAGCCUCUCUUGACAGACUGCCUUGCCAGUGCGGAAUGGAAGAAGCUCGAGGAGAUAAACCAGGAGUUGGAAGCCGAGUACAGUUUACGUCGCCAGAUGCUGUUGAAGCGGCUUGAUGUUACCAUUCAGUCGUUUCGGUGGUCAGAAAAGGCAAAGAACAGGGACGAUGAUAUCGCCCGGAUGUUCCGUGAGCCACGGCAGUUACUGAGCAGCACACCCAGCGUGAACACUUCUGAUGUUCUGGCUGCUCGAGACAAUCUUGUGGAGAUUCGGAAGACUACCAGUGGUUCGACACAGGUCAGCGCAGCCAUCAAGCAAGUGCUCAUUCAUCACAACAUUCCUGAUCGCGGUGGCAGACCGAAUGAAACACGUCCUGAGAAAGAAAUCCCGUCUUGGCAGCAGCCAAAGGAUCAGCGUCGUGGCGGUGGCAGAGGAGGUGGAGGCCGCGGUGGAUACAGCAAUGGUGCUAGCUCCAACGGAAGCGGCGGCGGCGGAUAUUCCAAUGGUGGUGGAGGCGGACAUCGUGGCGGUGGGCAUCGCGGUGGCCAAGGUGGAGGCAGUGGUGGCAGAGGUGGUCGUGUUCAGGGUGGCUGGUCUGGUGGCGGUGGAGGCAGUCGCGGCGGUGGUGGAGGCAGUCGUGGCGGUGGUGGUGACUGGGGUGGUCGUGGUGGCGGUAGAGGACGAUACUAGUUCCAUGUACCGCAUGAUGACAUCAAUAGAAUGGCAAAUUCAUUCUUUUUCGCCUUUCCAGUUGAAGAUGAUAUUUGAUGACUUGCUCAAAAUCGUCGAGAGAUGUAGAACUGUGACAGUACCACCCAAGUCUUGAUCAUGAAAUAUUCAAUAAUUCACGAAAAAUUUAAAUAGAUUUUAUUUGCAAUCUACUCCUAAUAUUAAAGGCUAACCUCCACAUUUAGAUAUUACUGGUACCCCGUGAUGGGCCAAUGCUUGCUGCUGGUAGACUUUCCGGCUAUUUGCUCUUUUUAGCUUUUCUUGUGUUGAGUUUGCUAUGAAAAUUGAUCAAUAAUAUAAUCCCUCUAACAAUGCAUGCUUGCAAGUAUGUGUGUGUUUGUGUUCGCUCAUGAUUUCAGAUUAACCAGGGAGUCGUAAAAAAGAAGAAGAAAAAAGUCACUUUACCACUCUCUA